UGGAAGAAGUGGGCUUUUGGCGUCGGCGUUCGCGUUUUGCAAAUGUCACUUGAGGUUCUGGCAAGUGUUUUUGUUCUGUGGUUUCAUCGUACUAACAGCAUCAAAAACGCACGAUGGUCGACUGUGAGGAUCCAGAUCUGAUCAAAAUCACACACUACAUUAACCCGCACAUGUUCUGGUACAAGUACGAGGACAGUUUCUUCCGGAACACUGAACUAUCGAAGUGGGAGGGCAGAUUGUCCGCUUUACUCUCGAAUAAGCCUCCACUACCGACGUCUUGCUAUCGCGCGCAAAUCAACGAGAUAGUCGCCGUCUACAAUUUCUCGUUUAACCGGUGGAUCCGGGCGAAGUGUGACGAAAUUGUACAAUUCACUAUUGCCAAUACCAAGUAUGUGGUUUGGGCUAUCGAUUACGGGAUCCCAUUCCAAACUGAAGGCAGAUGGAUAAAAAGAUUUCCUAAAGACGUCGGGGAGCCUCCCGAGGAUUCCGUAUUUUUCGGAGGCAUCAACAACAUAAUUCCUGCUGAGAAGGAGUUUAAUUUUGAAACAUGCAAGUCUGAAAUUCACCCAACCUCCAAAUGGUCACCGCUGGCUGUCCGGACGAUCGAGAACCUCAUCUACGAAGCCGCGCACAUAAGGUUCGUGCGGCACAUUAUCAGCAAGGAAGGGCAGUAUUUCGGCAACUUGGAGUUCAUCACGCACACGAACCAAAUCAUCAAAGCUGACGCUAGUUUGCUGGAAAUCAAUCAUGCGGUACACACCGAAGAGUUCUUGAGAGUCAUGCGGCAAAUUGGCACAAACCAGAUCUCCAGGUGGCAAAACAACGAGGGAGCAUCUUUCGUGUCGAAGUUCAAUGUAAAUAAACUCUCGAACGUGGCCAGAUUCGAGCCCAAGGAAAUGUUAAUAAGAAAUCAAAUGCAAAACGACGGAGAGAGUUUGUAUAAAGAAGAGGUUACACGGAAGAUAACUGACUGGGCGUUAAGAAACCAAAUAUGCCAAGGACAGGGAGAGGACUCGACGGUCGGUGACGACACUGCGUCGGUAUGUGAAUCGUCGGUAAGUGUCGCGCUUACCAGGAAAAUUGCUACCGAAAAAUUGCCUAUUGAGAAGGAUGACGGAUUCGUUGACGAUAAUCCUGUGAUGCUGAAGGGCGGAGUUUAUCGUAAAAAACAUUUGGAACGAUACAAGGAGAGUAUCCCCCCGCCGCCUUCUGAGAAUCGCAAGCAAGGGUACACAACUUUACAAGAAGAAAGUGGAAGCGAAUUUGGAGAUUCCGAAACAAUUCCGAGAACAAACGGAAAAUCGACUCAAGCUCCUUUAGUUGUUCAACCAAAGUCAACUUGCCAUGAUAAGGACGACAGUAGCACUUCAAACGAAACUGAAGUAAACAGAAAAGCCAAAGAUAUGGACGAAAUCGACUGCGAUAAAUCUGUGAUUAGCGGGCAAAGCAACGCGCCAACUCAUAGUGCGAUAAGGGUCGUGAUGGAUCGGAUGCACAAUAGGCGGAAGUCGCUGCAGGAGAAAUUAGCUGCACAGCAAAAGAUACCGCCAAGCGCUAUACCGGCCGGGUUCGAUCUCAGAAAUCUGCAGAAUAGCAGAGCUAUAAAAAAUGACGCGCCUUCCUCAAAUUUUAAUAGGAGCGGAAUGAACAAGAAUAAUCGAUUCAAGAAAGGAACCAAUUAUGCGGUUUCAACACGGAACGAUCGUAACGACAACGGUUUCAGAAAAGGGAAUUAUGCGAAAGUCAUUGAUGAAAGGUGGUAAAAGGAUCUUUUCCUAAGAGUCGGAAAAGGUGGGAUAACAAGAUCGUUUUGGAAUGAUUUUUUGUUUACUUUUUUUAAUAUUUUCUGAACUAAAUAUGGUUAUGUAUAACAUGCAAAAUAUACGUUUCAAUAACA